CAUCCACAGGACACUGCGAAGAAACAUGUUGUUCCUGGGUUCGAUCUACCCGACAAGAUUGCGGAAGUUCCUGAGCCAACGACGCCUGUAUCUGGAAAUUCCACCGAGGGAAUUGGUGCCCGUCUGACAUCUGAGACGAUCAGCAUCGCCGGUAGUGCUACCUCUGCUGAGCCUGCUGAAGCCUCUGCUCAUGCCAACAGGCCUGUCAGCAACAAGGGGAGGGAUUCCUCGCCUCCUAUUGACCUACCUGAGAUCGAAGGCCGAGGAACAGCAGGCAGCAGCUGCGGCUGUCGAAGGGAUAUCCAAGGCUCCGCGCGCCGACGAAUACCUGAAAUCUGUCUCUCUCAAAGCCCUGUUUUCAGCAACGACGACCUCGACACGCUCACCGUCUGAAAUCCGCGCCGGCCUCAUCAACGUAAUGAACACCAUGCACCUGCGGUUCCAUGAAGGCAAGGGCUACUUUACGUGCAGCAUGGUAACCUCGGUCGGCCCAACCAACCUGCAGGACGCCGUAUACCCAAUGCACGCUGACGCAGCGUCAAAGAACUCGGGCUUACACAAGAGCAUGCGCUUAGGCGGCAUUGAUCGGAAGCUGAGUUUCCGUCGCCGUCGGCACAACCGCCAUGAGGAUAAGGCGGGUCUGAUUGACAGCGAAGCACCUAUGGCGGUGCCAGGCGGUGGAUCAGGACCGCAUAGUAUUGCCGAGUCUGGUGUAUCCGAGAACCGUGAAGUUGCCGUUGCAGAGAAUGCGAAGGGCAUUUCUGUGUGCUUCCAGAUCUUCAUGGUGCGCGUGCCGCUAUUGCAGUUGUAUGGACUGCAGUUCCGGCGUGUCUCAGGCCCUACGUGGAAAUACAAGGACAUCUGCUCGGAGAUCCUUGAGCGCCUGAAGCUCUAAACAGUUUGUUUUAUGUCCUUUUUGACCUUCAUUUUGCCCCACUUGAUUUUUCUCCCCAGUUUCUUCCCACCUUUCUUGCUAUUCAUGUUAAUCCAAUUGGAUAACCAAAACAGAUGGAAUUGUAGCAUGUGUGCUAUAUAUUAGAUCUCGGUCCACGAUCAGAUCAACAUGGAAAGUGCUCUCUGAGCUACUAGGUGGCUAUGAGCGGCUACGUACCUACGCUAGGCUGGGGAGUCCCUUCAGUUUCUCAAUUGGAUACUAGUUAAUAU